AUGCCCUCCUACAUUAUCCACGUCGGGCCCGACUGGCGAGCAAGCCAUCCCAGCCUGCCGCACCUCGCCAGUCUAUUCGAGCAUCAUGCCCUCUACGAACAGCCAUCCAAUCACCCCUCCCAGUUCUGGUCAGAGCAAGCCCGCCAGCUCCUAGGCUUUGACAAGGACUUCCACACCCCGCACAUUGGAUCCCCGGCGAACGGCAACAGCGCCCGGUUCCUUGGCGGCAAGCUCAACGCUUCAAUCCACUGCGUCGACCGACACGCCGUUGAGGUGCCAGACCGAAUCGCACUCAUAUAUGAGCCAGACAGCCCGACCGAUGCCAGCCACCAAACCCAGCCAAGCGGGCCGUCGGAAUUAGGGUACGGAAAAUCGUUUACUUUUGCGUCGGCAGGAAUUGUCGGUGUUUUUGUUCUCCAGUUUGCGCUCUAUACGCUGAACGAAGAGAGGAAGAGAUUGAGUGAAGACGAGGUCAGGCAAAUGUAUACGGAGGAUGAGUUAGAAGGGAUGGAGGAGAAGAGUCCGUUCUUCAGGUAUACGUUGUAA